GAAUGCUCUACGAAAUUAUUUAUUAAUAAUAAGAUAAAUCCAUUUUUAGAUUUGGUUGGGCGGUCAUAGAUUUUUGGAAUUGGGUAUUAUAGAAUUACAAAAUUGUGUAAAAAUAAAUAUUUUGUGAUUAGUAGGUAUUCAAAAUAGAAAAUCAAAGUAAAAUAAGGAAAUGGUUGAAUCAAAAUAAUUCCCUUUCAAGUUAUAUUUUUUUAUUUUAGAGGACAAGGCAAUAUGAAUGUUCUAUUAUGUUACAUCAACACAUUAAACAGAUUCUAUGAUAUAUCGGUUGUGGAAGUAGGUCAACAUUUCUAUUGGAAAAUAGGGGAUUUUCAAGUGCACGCUCAAGUACUUAUUACCUCUUGGGUUGUAAUUGCUAUCUUAUUAAUUUCAACCAUUCUAGUUGUUAGAAAUCUGCAAACUAUUCCCACGUCUAGUCAGAAUUUCUUUGAAUAUGUCCUUGAAUUCAUUCAAGACAUGAGUAAAACUCAGAUUGGAGAAGAAUGUGGUCCAUGGGUUCCGUUUAUUGGAACUCUGUUUCUAUUUAUUUUUGUUUCGAAUUGGUCAGGGGCCCUUUUGCCUUGGAAAAUUAUAAAGUUACCUCAUGGAGAGUUAGAUGCACCCACAAAUGAUAUAAAUACUACUAUUGCAUUAGCUUUACUUACGUCAGUAGCCUAUUUCUAUGCGGGUAUUUCAAAAAAAGGAUUGGCCUAUUUUGGUAAAUACAUCCAACCAACGCCAAUCCUUUUACCGAUUAACAUCGUAGAAGAUUUCACAAAACCCUUAUCACUUAGUUUUCGACUUUUCGGAAAUAUAUUAGCGGAUGAAUUAGUAGUUGUUGUUCUUGUUUCGUUAGUACCUUUAGUAGUUCCUAUCCCAGUUAUGUUCCUUGGAUUAUUUACAAGCGACAUUCAAGCUCUUAUUUUCGCUACUUUAGCUGCGGCAUAUAUAGGUGAAUACAUGGAAGGGCAUCAUUGACUAGUUAUGAAAAUAGGAUUUUAGACCGCGACAAAGUAUGUAUGGCUCGCGAUAAUCUACUUAAGGAACAGAAAGAUAAAAAUCCAAAGAAAUUUGGAAAAGUUUUCAUAACAAUCAAAACGUAUAAAUAAAAUUAAAACAAUUACCAGGGAAUUAAACAAAAAA